CAUAUCGCAGACACAGGUGACCUUCUAGCUCAGAUUUUUUAAAAAGUCAAACCAAUGUUAACCAAUCACUUUAAGAGAAAUAUCAUGUUGGGAUACAACGUGUACUUAUGGUCAAUGUCCAAGGUAUAGCAAUUACAUCGAUAAUAUUUCAUUACAAUUUGCAUAGUGGUAGAAUAACGGUUUAGUUGUGUUCGUGGCCAACAUGGCGACUGCUAACUUGAAAAAGAUGCUCGCCGAAGAUGUUUCAGAAAUCGAUAUAUUCAGCCACACCUAUGAAUAUAGAGGUGUUACUUUGUUUAAAAUGCAAAUGCCUGAGAUUUUCGAUGCUCUCCAGACGUGGAUUACCAGGCCUGAUGACGUGUACAUUGUUACAUAUCCCAAAUCAGGUACACAUUGGAUAAUGGAGAUAACUUUCUUGAUCAUGAACGACCUUCAACUCGAUAAAAUAAAUCGGGAGGCAAAUCUGUUUGCCCUUGACUUCGCCAUAGCUAACAAUAACGAGAACACCACCAAGGUCACGCCAGGCCACGAAAUCAUGGCUCAGUGGAAAUCUCCUCGGAUCAUGGUUAGUCACAUCCUGGAAGAGUUUGCCCCGGAUCAAAUCAAGAAAGGGUCAAAGGUCAUCUACUUCGCAAGGAACCCUAAAGAUGUAGCGGUCUCCUAUUUCAAGUUCAUUGGUGAUACAUUACCAGCUGAGAUGGGCGGAUGGAAGGGGUAUCUCCCUUACUUUCUUUCUGACAAAAUGAUUUGUGGUGGCUGGUUUCGCCAUGUUAAGGGUUGGUGGGCUCUCCGUGACCAGCCAAAUAUCCUCUGGUGUAAAUACGAAGACUUCCAAAAGGACCUGAGAGGCAAUAUAAAACGGGUAGCAGAAUUUUUAGAGCGCCCUCUUUCGGAAGAAAAGUUGGACAAGCUUGUUGAGCUGACUGAAAUUAAAGGUAUGCGGAAGACUUACCAAGAUAUCGAGGAGACAAUGGGAGAUACGGGCAAGGCGAUUACUCAACUUUUUGGGCAUCUGCCUUACCUUCGAAAAGGCAAGGUGGGUGAUUGGAAGAAUGAGUUUACGGUGGCUGAAAAUGAGUAUUUUGACGAGGUUUACCACAAGAAUAUAGACAACACUGGCAUCGAAGUUCAGUUUGAGAUGUAAGCAGGGAUGAAGUCGAGACCGGCUUCAAGGCCUCAUUUUGCCGGCCUUGCAUGGCCUCGGCCUCGACAAUCGUCACGUGAACAAAACAAUGAGAGAUUUCCUCCAGCGGCAUCGUGAUUCGGGGGGAAUGGGUCCCGGUCUUACAAAGAAUUUCGAUCGAUCCAUCAACCACAACUAUGGAAAGCUAGCAACGUCAACAUCUAAACUGCGAAAAGAAAAUCAGAUAUGAUGUACAUAUCUUGUUUUCUUAAAAAUUCGGUGUGCUUCUACUUAUUAACAAAAGACGUUGUAAAAAUUUCCUGGAGUAGAAAUUAUGACAUUGACGGAUUUCCAAACAUCUCAGGUUAAUCGGAUCAAUCGUAACUCUUUGUAAGACGGGUCUCGAUUAGAUUAUUGACUCUAAAUAUAAAAUGCUUCUCACUACGAUGAAUUUAAAAUCAUUUGAUUUUAUUUCAUUAAUUCAUUUUAUCUUAUUU